AUGGAGGGAGUUAGAGUUGUGUCAUUUUUGCAGCCUUCCCUUUUUUGGUGCUCUGAGGAAUCCUGGCUCAGAUCCUUUGCUAAACUGGUACUCAGUUUCUUAGCCUUCAUCUUCUGGGGCAUUGCUGCAGCUCUGGUGUUUGGUGGAGUUUACGAGAUACAGAUGCACAAGAACUAUGGAUAUUUAUUUCAGGAGUCUUUCUUGUCUCUCCUUGGCUGGCUGGCUGUUGCAAUGGCACUCAUCUUGAUACCUACUGGAGUUUUGGCUGUCUCUACUUCUACUAGGAACUCCCGCUGUCAACAAGGGGCUCUCAUGUACUUGCUGCUUGUCCUUUUUUGCCUGGAAAUGUCUUCAGCAGUUCUGGCACAGUUCUCCUCUAUUCGGAUGGCUUCUGAACUAAAGAGCACUGCGGGUCACCUCUUCUAUCAGUACAAUGGAACAUACCCCCAGGGUCCUAUGGAUAUUGCACAGAGGAAGAUGCAGUGUUGUGGGGUCCAAAAUUGCACAGACUGGCUGAAGGCAACAUCUGCCUCUUGGCAUCUUCUGGGUAGAACAGCUUGUGUCCCUGAAAGCUGCUGUAAGAGGUAUUCUAAUUGUGGAAGUGACUUAGGCCAUCUGGAGCAGCUUUUUCAGGAAGGCUGUCUAAAGAAGCUGGAAGAUCAGUUGCAUUUUGUUAUGCUGUACUUUUUUUGGUGCUGUACUGUGCUAGGUGUCUUAGGGCUGUUGGGUGCUGUCAGUAGUGGAAUCCUAAUGAGGCAUGAGCCUUUCUAUGACCUCCAAAUUCCGUAAUCAUCUACCUUCUCAUAAGCCCGUAGGCACAGGCGGCACUGCUGAACCUUCUGCACAUUUCCUUGAACUUUCCUGUUGCCCUGGAAGAAAAACCCUUUUUUUCCCCCCUGUAAAGUAUAUUUGCAUGGGAAUCAAACUGAUCAAUCAAUUUUAUUUUGUUUUUCUCCUUAAUGUUACAAUAUUAGGUCAGUUUUCCCACAGCUUUUGUUUGAUAAGCAUCCUGUGCCUGAAAAAAUUAAUUGCUGGAAGACACAGCAGGGAUGGGAGGGUCUUCAGCAUGUGCAAACAUGAAACUACUGUAUGUGAGAGGAGGGGAAGCAGUAGGUAGAAGUAUUUUUUGCUUAGGGGAACAUGUUGUGAGGUCAUGACCUGAGCUUUUGGAAUAAGUUUUAACUGUAGUAGAAUCUUGUAGACUAAUUAAAGAGCAGAUUCCUUCACCUUCCAA